AUGAAGAUGAAGGCAACCGUUAUUCAAGACUUGACGCUCAGGCUCCAUGCUGCAACUUUAUCACCACACAAAAACCAUGAAGGGCUAACUUCGGGUAUCAGGCGAAACCCCGAGCAGAUUUCUUGUCGUCCGUCGACCGAAUUAGAGAAGCAGUAUGACGAACUUUUCAGACAGGUGGCAGAGCUAAAAGAAAAGCUUAGACAGACGAAAGUCGCGCUUGUUUUGGAGCAAAAUAACCAGGCGGAGAAGAUGGCAGGAGUAUGCAGCUAG